UCGACUCCAUUUCACCACACCAAGUGUAACCGACAGUGUCGCUCAUCACGCAUCAGCCUCUCUCUGUAUAGCUAGCUAGUAGCCCAGUACUGCACUUGCCAAAGCUCAAAAGUGCAUGGAGAUGCGGAGAGCACCGAGCUAUCUUCUGCUCCUCGUCGUCGCGGCGGCGUCGCGGUUGGUGCCGGCGGCGGCGGGGGACGACGGCGGGUGGUCGAAGGGUACGGCCACGUUCUACGGCGGCGGGGACGCCUCCGGCACGAUGGGCGGCGCGUGCGGGUACGGGAACCUGUACUGGUCCGGGUACGGGACGGACACGGCGGCGCUGAGCUCGCCGCUGUUCGACGACGGCGCGUCGUGCGGGCAGUGCUUCACCGUCACGUGCGACGCCGCCUCAUCGCAGUGGUGCCUGAAAGGCAAGUCGGUGACCGUCACGGCCACCAACCUGUGCCCGCCCAACUACGCGCUCUCCGGCGACGAGGGCGGCUGGUGCAACCCGCCCCGCCGCCACCUCGACAUGGCCCAGCCCGCCUUCCUCCAGAUCGCCCAGUGCAAGGGCGGCAUCGUGCCGGUGCUCUACCAGAGGACGCCGUGCAUGAAGCAGGGAGGGGUGCGGUUCACCAUGGCCGGGUCCAACUACUUCGUGCUGGUGCUCAUCACCAACGUGGCCGGGACCGGGUCGGUGAAGGCGGUGUGGGUGAAGGGGAGCAACACGGACAGGAUGCCCAUGAGCAGGAACUGGGGCGCCAACUGGCAGUCGCUCGCCGGGCUCACCGGCCAGGCGCUCACCUUCGGCGUCACCAACACCGACGGCAAGACCGUCGUCGUCACCGACGUCGUGCCGGCAUGGUGGAAGUUCGGGCAGUCCUUCACCUCCGGCGUCCAGUUCUCCAGCUGAUCGAUCGGUGACGAACCUCAUCGGAGUUUCGAACGGCGGCUCCAUCGGCCAGCAGGCUAGUUGCAGUCUUGCAGAUCUAGGCUUUUCUGGUUGAAUUGAAGAAGCACAUGACAUCUGAAUUAAAAAAGAUUAAUAAUGGGGACAGGACUGUAUGGAGUA